UGCCAAAUGUUUCGACCAACGCUGAUUCGCGGCGCGAGCGCCGACUUACCUGACGUGUCCGGUUACGGUCUCAGCAGGAGUCGCCGGGCCUCCCUCUCGGCCGAGCAGCGUCGGAAGCUGUCCAUGAUCCGGACGGCCAGCAUCCCGAGCCCGCUGACGCCUGUGAGUCACAUUUACCAUUUGGUACCCUGCCCGAGAAAAUGCUGUUCACAGAAAUAUGUCGUCAGUACUGACAGGAGUGGUGAUAUACAUGUUCACGUUCAGGGUGACUUGAGCCAGCAGGACAAGCGAUGUGUGUUCCUCACAGUCCACGAUCUUGGAACCAACCACUCGUCCAUGGUGGACUUUGUGGGCAUGCCGGCCAUGACCGAGAUAAAAGAACGCUCCUGUUUCAUACACGUGGACGUCCCAGGGCACGAAGAAAACUCGCCCGAUUUGCCCGACUCUUACCAGUUCCCUCCCCUCCAAACGCUAGGCGAGGACCUGAUCACAGUGCUGGACUUCCUACACGUCCGCUACGCUGUAGGCCUCGGCGAAGGCGCCGGGGCCAACGUGCUCGCUCGCUGCGGCCUCGCGCACCCCCGCCGGCUCUUAGGCCUCAUCCUCGUGAACUGCACGGCGUCCACCUCCUCAGUCGCUGACGCCUUCAGAUCCAGGUUUUCCCGCUGGAAAGGCACGGACAUCUCGCAGUCCGAGGAGGACUUCCUCAUCUACCACAAGUUUGGACACCAAAUCCAGAGCGACUCCUGCGAGGCGACCGAACGCGAACGAAUGUUACUGGAGUACCGCUCGCGCCUGCGCGGGAAUCUCAACACGCACAAUAUCAAGCAGUAUGUGCGCGCCUUUAUCAACCGCAAAGACCUGGUCCUCCGCGGCUGCCAGCCCGACAUCCUGCUCAUCACGGGUCUGCUUAGCCCCUACGCCAGCGUCGUGGAGAAAAUGUACAAGGAACUAGACAAGGACAAGGUCACCAUCCUCAAGGUCGAGAAGGUCGGCGACGUGCUGGCUGAGGCGCCAGCAAAAGUGGCGCAAUCCCUCCUCCUCUUCUGCCAAGGCCAGGGUCUGCUGACCUCCCUCCCCCCACCAGGGGUCGAACGGCGCAUGUCCCGCGCUAUGUCCAUGGAGGAAUACGACAAGCCCAACAUUCGGCGGCUGUCGCUCACGCCGAGCGUGUCCGAGUCUCCGCCACCAAGGAAGUUGUAAGGCUUGUGAUAGUGUCAAAUCUUACCAGUUUCGAGCAACACCGGCUUCCGACACGUCGGAAUGCCCAAGCGAUAUCUUACCGUACUAAUAGUUCUACCAUUUUUUUGGGGAAAACGUGCACACGUCGCACUUCUCUCUCACUACAUAGGUACAAAGUCCAAUCUGUAAUGACGACAUUAAUACAUAGAAAUGACGCAAAUCAAAUAUUUACAACUCUUUUUGAGUAUGGAUGAGUCACAACACUCACCGCGCUAGUUGUGUGCAUGCCCAGUUGGGCAUGUGCUUCGGCAGAGGGGAAAUAGUGCGAAUACCGGCCUUCCCGGCUCGGAAUACCUAAUUAACAAUGGAGCCGCCAUUAACAGGCGUUCCCCUCUGUCGAAAAUAGGUGGCCAAUGGUCAACCACAUGUCAACCAUAUGUAUGGACUGACGUUUAUCUGACAUGACGUACCUAUACAUUUGAUGUGCCCCUCCCCCGCAAAAAACGGCAGACUAUUUUGUACCGAAAAUUUUAGACAUGGCGUCUCCGCUUCCCGGUGUUGCUUGAAACUUGCCAGCGAUAUCGUCUUUAUUUCGCUGAAAAUUCGUGAACGUGUUAUUCAAACCUCGUUGCCAUAAUGUUAUUUUUCUUUUAACUUUUUCGCCGUCACUUCAAUGAAGUAAAAAGUGUUAUCAACGCUAUUCACUUGAGUGCUUGGGGGUCGCGACACACAUGUUACAAACUCAGGUUUAUGGUGCCAUUGCAUUUCAUGAUGUGACGCCAAUACAGUCACGGGGAUAAGGUCACGCAAAAAGUGAGGAGAACAUUUUUGCAGCGUAUUUUUCUCCAGUAUUCGGUGUCAAGAAAUGCGGUGGCACCCGCAAUAGUUGCAUUAUUGUAGCCAGAAUGAGAGGUGAUAAUCACAUACGAGUACAUCUCAGUACAAAAUCGGCCUUAUAGUAAACGCCUGUACUUUUUUAUUAGCAAUGUGUUGCGUCACAUGUAAAACGUUUUUUAGCAGGCGCUUCAAAUUUGUAAAAAAUAAUACCUAAAGUGGAAUUAUUUUGUUAUUUGUAUGGAAUUAGAAUCUGAAUGAAUUGUUUUAUAGUAAUAUUUGGAACGAUUGAUGUUAUUUUUACUCCUUACUUGUUAUGAUUACGAUGUUAUGCGAGACAUAUCGUCAACAUGUUAUUUUAAACGGUCCACAAUUUGAAUAUUUUAAAUAUAUAAAAUUGUUGGUAGCCAAAGAUAAAUAUAGUUUAGUAAUUAUCAAUUUAAUUAAAUAUUUAUUUAAUAUAGUUGUAUGUUAAUAUAAUAUAAUGUCAGUGUUAUAUCAAAAUAAGAGGAAAGAGAUGCUUUUUUUUCUUUGUAACAGUUAAAAAAAUGAAACAAUGUUGAACAUGCUCUCUAUACAAGGUAAAAUUGUACAAAUCAUGAAAUAGUGUAGAUAUAUAUUUACAAAUGUUGUAUUCAGUCACAAAAUCACUAGUAAAGACAUGUUGCCUGGUUAACAUAGUCAUCCAGUCACAAUGUAUGGGAGCGCCAUACUAACGUGGCACUUAGCGUGACAUAACUCUCCUUUUUUAUAAUGAAGGAGGCAAACUCGGGAGGCAAACGAGCAGACGAAUCGCAUAUGGUAAGCAAUUACAGUCGCCCAUGGACAUAUGCAACACCAGAGGCGUUGCAAGUGCGUUGCCGGAGAUAAAGGGAGUACGCUUGUCUUGAAGGCCUUUUUGUUUCACAAAAUAGUCUUAUUUAUGUCUCACAAAAUAGUCACAAAUUUAAUAAUGAUUAAACCAAAUCGAGAUGGAUUAAAUGCAUCUAUUAGCCCUUAGAUCUAGCAAAGGAUCUAGCCAUUUCAUAAAAUGUACCAGAGCUCUAUUGUUUUAUUUAUUUAUGUUAAGGAGAAUCGAAAUAUAACAACUUUGUUAUAAAGUUACCUAAUAAAUUAUUUUUAGGAAUAUUUUUUGUGCAAUUUCAAUGUAUUGUGUAGGUAUUUUAAUAAUUAGUAAAUGUAAAUGAGUAUUUUAUGAAAAAAAUAUACCUACGUUAUUUGAA